CACCGGUGUGUGGCUUAACUCACACUGUUGCUUCGGUCAGCCUGACGCGGGCGAGGUUUUGUUGUGUAAACCGAGGAGGAGAGGAUCUUGUCGUCGCUGUCUGCUCUGGAACUGCUGCUUCGCUCAUGGAUGUCAGCUCAAUUGCUCUCAGACAGCCGUAUAAAGUUUAGCGUUUGUAUGAAGCUCGGAGAUUUGAAUGGAUUUAAGGACUCGAGCGACAAUGCCAUCUUCACCAACGACUGGGAAGUGUUGGUGAGAGGGAGAAAACGAAGACAUGAUGGUCAUUGGAGUUAAUAGCUGACGUUGUGGAAGGAGAGAUGAUGGAGCAACUAGACAAUCCUACCCCUGAGAGUAACAACCCAAAUGGUUUUGUGAAUCGAGUAUUUAACGUUUCUCUGGAUGUGGAAAAUGAGACUGGCAGUGUUUAUAUUAAAGAGACUGGGUCAGGGUCUGAAGAGAUGCAGGGUGAGGCCCAGGCCCCUGUCAAGGACAGACAGGAGGUCAACCGGCGACCCCGUGCCACUGGGGGCAUUUGGAAGAUCUUGAAUCGGAAGAGAGGUGUCUCAGAGCUGGAGCGAAGACCCCACUCUAUGAUCCUCCUUGGGGAAUCUUCUAUCCCUAAACUCUCAUUUGCUGAUAAAGUUCGCUCCUUCAAGAAACUAAAAUCCCCUUCUGUUUUCCGGGGGAAGUCUGGGAAAUUGUCUAGUGCCAAGCUUAGCAGCUCAUUGGUGGAUGAGGACUCUUUCUGCAAAGACAUUGGCACUCCGCAGCAAUCCAGCAGGGGCACCCUGAGGCACCGCGGAAAGAGGCAUUCGUAUGCUGGCUACACAGCAGAAUUUGACUGCUCUUUUGAAGACAUUGACCUCCCAGCUCCGAUCGAUGACCAUCAGCCCACUACGGUGCCAGAAACAACAGUUCAGAACGGUUGUAAACCAUCGGAACGAGUUUCCUACUCUAAAAGAAAUCACACCAAUUCAACUAACUGUAACAAAGCUACAUGCUGUGAGGAUGAGCUAGCAAAAGCUAGCAAAAGUACUACGCAAGGUGCAGGGAGGCGACACAAAGAUGUGUGGAGUUACCUGAGGAGGAUCUCUCUUUUGGGAAAGACAAAUCCAGUCUAUUCAGAGAGGAGCUUUGAUUCUGAGCUUCACUCUCUCGACAAGACUAUUGACUCUGACUAUGGUUCUGUUGACCUUGAGAAUGCCAAAGACUUCCAAGCAUUGCCUCCAAAAAAUCCAGAUGUGAAAGGACACUUUGGUGGACUGUUUAAAUUUUUCAAUAAUGUAGCAGAAACAGCCAGAAAAUGGCGGACAACGUCCCGCUCCUUCUCCCCUCCUGAGGAAGAGAAGACCCCAAUCCGCUUGCCUCAUGCUCCUCGGUGCACAAAAGACAAAGUUCAUGGUGUGCCCCAUAAACUCCGCGGUGAAGGACUUCUGCAGUGUCAGAAUUCCCAAUCCUCACCAUUGACCACUAAAUCCUCAAAAUCCAGUAGCCUUACCUGUGAGGUCCCAGCACCUGUGACAGGUGAGGGAUCUCCUAAUGUUGUUUUCAAAGCUUUUCGGCCAUCAGUGUCUGGAAGUGUGAAUGGCCUUCAAAGCUCGAAGAGUACAGACAAUAAUACAGACAUGGCAACAAACCACAGGUCCACCAUUGUAGAGAAUCAUAUUCCUCACUCAGUUACAAACACUGAGACUCUUGCUGAGCAUGAAAUGAAUCCAUUAAACUGUCUGCACCUAGGAGAAACGGUAAAGGAAGACACAGGAAAUGAUGAGGAUUCCAAGGAUGCUCCACCUGACUCACAACAGAUACAGGAAUUGAAUAUUCCAUUACAGAUAUGUGCUAAAGAGAGCACGACCAAUAGCAUACCCUCAUCUGAUUCCACAGAGGAGAUAUUUAAGGCCUUGUCUCGCCCUCCUGGGGUGUCUCCAUUAGAACCGCCCCUGAAGGCUUCUCUGCAGCGCUGCCGCUCCCUACCUCUGCCCCCCGGUACUUUAACGACCUUGGCGCUUCUCCUGCCUCAUUCAGAUGUGGGUCAGUCAUCAGCAUCAUCAUCAGUACGUCUUCGGUCUGAAGGCAAUAGCUGCAGGAGGAAGAGGCUGCUCCGACCUGGGUCUGAACCACUGCAAGUCAACGUAUUGAUAAGUGGAGGGUCAAUCGUCAACGCUGAGGCGGUAUGGGACCAUGUGACCAUGGCGGACCGAGAGUUGGCGUUUAAAGCCGGUGACGUCAUAAAGGUGCUGGAUGCAUCCAACAAGGACUGGUGGUGGGGCCAGAUUGAUGAGGAGGAGGGAUGGUUUCCUGCCAGCUUUGUACGGGUGGAACCCCACCCUCCUCAGCCCCAAACAAAACAGGUUUUCUAUAUCAACCCCAUAGCAACUCCACGGUUCCAAAACACCACGUCAAAGCUGUGGGUGAAUCAAGAGGACGGCGCAGGGGAACCAGCCGAAGGGACGAGCGAGGUUCAAAAUGGUCACCUGGACCCAGCCAACGAUUGUUUGUGUCUUGGCUCGCCUCUCCAGAACCGUGACCAGAUGAGAGCUAACGUCAUCAAUGAGAUCAUGAGCACGGAGAGACACUACAUCAAACACCUCAAGGACAUUUGUGAGGGUUACCUUCGCCAGUGCAGGAAGCGUGUGGACAUGUUUAAUGAUGACCAACUGAAGGUCAUCUUUGGAAACAUUGAGGACAUCUAUCGCUUCCAGAUGGGAUUUGUUCGAGACUUGGAGAAACAGUACAACACAGAAGAGCCCCACCUCUCUGAAAUUGGACCAUGCUUUUUAGAACAUCAAGAUGGUUUCUGGAUAUAUUCAGAAUAUUGUAAUAACCACUUGGACGCUUGCAUGGAGCUGAGCAAGUUGAUGAGGGAUGGCAGGUACCAGCAUUUCUUUGAGGCCUGUCGACUCCUUCAGCAAAUGAUUGACAUUGCCAUAGACGGCUUCUUGCUCACCCCUGUCCAGAAGAUCUGCAAAUACCCCCUCCAGUUAGCUGAGCUUCUCAAAUACACUGCACAAGAGCACAGCGACUAUCGAUACGUGGCAGCCGCCUUGGCAGUGAUGCGAAACGUCACCCAGCAGAUCAAUGAGAGGAAGAGGAGGCUGGAAAACAUUGACAAAAUUGCCCAAUGGCAAGCAUCUGUUUUGGACUGGGAGGGGGAUGAUAUCUUGGACAGAAGCUCCGAGCUCAUCUACACUGGGGAGCUGUCAUGGAUCUAUCAGCCUUAUGGGCGCAGCCAGCAGCGAGUCUUCUUCCUCUUUGAUCACCAGCUGGUUCUCUGUAAGAAGGAUCUGAUACGACGGGACAUUUUGUACUAUAAGGGUCGCAUCGACAUGGAUCGCUACGAGGUGCGGGACGCCAUUGAUGGGAGAGACGAUGACUUCAAUGUAAGUGUGAAGAAUGCCUUCAAAUUGUGCAACAAAGACAGCGACGAGAUCCACAUCUUCCUGGCCAAGAAACCGGAGGAGAAGAUCCGCUGGCUCAGAGCUUUCCAUGAGGAGAGGAAGAUGGUGCAGGAGGAUGAGAAAAUCGGUUUUGAGAUCUCAGAGUACCAGAAACGGCAGGCGGCCAUGACAGUGAGAAAGGUGACCAAACAGAAAGGUGUAAACAGGUGCACGCCCCCCUCAUACCCGCCCCCCCAGGAACCCCUCAGUGCCGGGCAGUAUGAGGUAACGGAGGACAUGGCACAAGGAGAGGUUUUUGAAUUCAGUCAAUCCAAAAGAGGCCAGGCUCCUUUCUGGCAAAAUUUUAGUAGAUUAGCUCCAUUUAAGAAAUAGAGACUCUUCUGAAGGACCUGCUAUUUUUUUUUUCUUCGAAGCACUAAACACUGGAUGAUCGUGUCACACAAUGAAGAAAAUACAAAAACACACUGACCUGAGACUUUCACAGUUAAGGACCAACGUUGAUAUUGGGCAUGGCUGAAAGCAGCAAGAGGACUGAAGACUUUCACAGAAAGGGAUGGAGGUGGGGCGCUGGGGAUCAAACUUAACAAUUCAUACAUGUUGCCAACAUUCUUAGUUAGCAUGCUUCUCCAGCUGAGUCAGCCGUCACUUGCGCUCUCCCUCAGAUUCUGCAACGCUUACCUGUAUCAACACAUCAUCUGAAUGUCCUGGAAUUCGUAGAGAUUGUUGUCUUAAUCCUCUUUUAAUCCAUUGUCUGAGGACACAAACCGGGUAGUGUCAGGUCGAUGUACGAUUGUGUCCAAGAUCUCUCUCAGAUUGCGUGUUGCAUUCUUCUGUAUGUGUGUCCAAGCAACGACAGAACCAUGGCCACUCGCCAAUGCAUCUGACGUACCCGGAAGCUCGACUAUGUUGGGCAUCCCUCUCCCACCGCCAGCGCCAGACCACUUAACGCACAUUUGAAUCUGCUCUCGACUUGUUCUCGUCGUCAUCCCGCCAUCUUUAUCUCUCUGCUCGCCUGCUCGGCCUAGUUGAGUCAGAGAGAGCUUUUCGAUCCUUCAGAAGCCUGCCACCAACCACAUGACGGCUCCAGGAACAAGUCAAUAGAGGCAAUGUCAAAAGUAUAGCGUACGAACAUUCAUUCAGCGAGCAGUUUUGACAGGGUAUUUCAUAUCACAUCGCACCGAAGGUUAAGGGCCUUGGGUUGCGGGGAACUUGUUGCUCAGAUGAACCUGCUGGGAGCAGGAGAUAGGCAGGCUACGCUCCAGCCGCCAACUGCCAGAGCCUCUCUCCUCUCUCCCCACCAGAGACCACCCCUGGCAACUCACUGACUGUUUGGAAAGAGCAGGGCCCACCGCCGGAAAUACAACGACAGCAAGCAAUGAGGUUGAUCUUUAAAAUUUCUUUUUUUGUUUGUUUGUUUUGCAGCGCUCUAAAAGUUAUUUUCACUUAUUUUGUAUUGCUCAUACAGGAAAAGGGUACAGCAGGGGGCUCAGUACGGAUUUUGUGGAAACUUGCUGUGCGCAGGUGGCUGUGGUAAAAUAAGGUAGACUCACUGACCACCACAAGGAGGUCGAAACAGCCUGACAUUAUAAAAGAAGUGGAAAAGUAGUGUGACACGAGUUUGGAGGCGCAAACAUGGAUAUAAUGUGUAGCAUGCAGGCAUUUUCUGAUUCAUGCAUCCCCACAGACUGCCACUUAAAUUCUUGCCAUCCCCCACCCAUCAUGAUUAUUCCGAUCUGAUCCCUGUUCUGGCUCGGACCGACACACAAGCGUAUUAACAGAAAUUCUGAAGACUGUGGCCUGAUCAGAUGGAUUUGUUUACACACAAUGGACGAGAUGCUUCUUCGGCAGAGCAGUUAGAGAAACAGAUCUCUAAGAGAGAAGGCUGGUUUUCGUUGCUUCAGUUGAAAUGUACGCAAACCAUCUGGCCGCAGUUUGUGACCUUAUGUUGACCUCAGACACAUUUCAUGUUGGAUUCAGUGGACAGCACUUAUCUGAGGAAUGUGCCAUCAAUAUGAAAGUGUUCUUCAAUAUAUUGUUCUGUGUCUUUUUUUGUUUGUUUUGCCUUCAAAUUGGCCUUCCUGGGAAAACACCACCCACCCAAUCUAUUUGUAUGUUGUUGAAUGUGUGUUUUGUUGCAGUAAAGUUGCGACAUGGAUGAGUGGCGUCUCUCCCAGUCAGAUUUUUCCGGGAGAUAAGUCCCUUCACCAACAACAGACGAUUCCCAGAGCAUGAUAACCUCAGGUCCAGUGCUGCGCCCAACCCACCUCCGUACCCCCGCAGAUGCAAAUGCACACAGAGACACACAAUCAUGCGCACUUACUGGCCCAUUGUGCUGCGGAGAAGAGAGAUCCUAUCUAACAGUGCCUUCCAGCAUUCCACUAGUGAUUAUCUAUUCAGUUUCACGGGCAGAUUUGAAUUUGUCAUGUAGUUUCCCUUCGGCGCGGGACUUGCAACGGUCUCUCCGUUUCUCUCGCACGAGAUCCGCUCUGGCAGAUCUCUUGCACGCGAUUCGUUUCUGUGCGCGCGGCACACACGCUCAAAACACUCAUUUUGUUACUGUGUCACCCUCUCAUAGCUGCAUUUAUCUUGCACAAAUGUAAGUUAUUCUGAUUUCAGAUACAGUAUGUAGAAAUGACAUAGAAUUCCUUUAUUGUUGAGAGAGGAUUUGUUUCGAAUAUAAAUAUCUAUAUAUAUAUAUAUAUAUAUAUAUAUAUAUAUAUAUAUAUAUAUAUAUUAGAAAUCAUUAGUUUUGCUUCGUCGAGUUAGAGUAUACAGUUCAAAGAAUAUUAUAAGCAAUGAGUUAUGGAUUAAAUAAGAAAAAGUCAUCUAUUUUAACUUUAUCAGCCACAAACUGUAAAUACUGUAAAAAGAACAGAUCAUAUAUUUGGAUAUUGGUAUUUUGCGUUGGAGACGAAUGUUGUUCCAGUUCUCACGUACGGUAGAGCUCAGUACCAGGUAAAUGCAUGCUUGUGGCAUCCAAAUACUUUGCAUGAGACUUAAAACAACUCUUUAUGGUUUGUUUUGAUUCAUUUCAACUGCGAUGGGAUUUUUUUCCGCCAUGAAGCACUCAGUUGUGAACCCUGCUGCCAUCACACUAGAGGAACAUCUGGUCUUUGGCCACCUGUCUACUGCUUGUGUCACGUUUAUGCUUGUAGCCUUUUUGUUCUUAUUCCAUGUCAGGAAGCGGAGAGGAACUUGUCCUCACACAAGGUCAGAGAGAGCUCUUAAUCGAUCACGGCACUUUGCCAAAUAUUAGAUGUUUUCUCUCAUUUUUUUUUUUAAUUCCAGUCUACACUGGCAUAGCUCUAAUCGCUAGUUAUUUAUGGAUGUACACCAGUAACGGAUGAGCUUCAUAUCUGAGACAAAACGGGUAUCAUUUUUCUAUGACAUCGUUACUGAAGGUAGCACUGAUCACAGGUGUGGUGUGUAGAUUUUUAGUCUGGCAGAAGAGGGAUGUGCUAAAAAAUAACCCUAAUUCUGAAGCCACACACAGAGUACAUCAUAAGAAUGCAUAAUAUACACUUGUUUGCAAAUAAUGCUCUCAAGUAUAACAUCUUGACAGUAACGAUUAAUUUCUCAAUUUUACUUUUUCACUAUUUAUUUGAUUAGUAGCCAGUGUUAUAAUUUUGGCGCUAAGUUUUUCAAACAAUGUAUAUCUUGGUCUUAUGCUGUUCACAUUACCUUUUAUUGAAGGCCGAGACUGCUGAUGAUGAUCGUUUUUAUCCUAUUUGUUAGACAGUCAUGAACUGAGACAGCCAAGUUAGCCAACAGAAUGCUUAGAAGGCAUUUUUAUUCCAAAGCGUGUACAAAGCACUGACGAGUGUGGCGACACACAGCUCGCCGAGGUCAUUUGGUUGCAUCCGAACAGUCAGGGUACCACAGGGUCCAAUGAGCCAUAUAAGGUGUGGUUUUCAAUGACAGCAAUGUGAGCUGAAGACUGACGUCCCACUUUUAGAAACACACAAUUCAUUGUAUAAUACCAUAUCGUCCAAGGUCUAAUUUUUCAUCCCACAGAAAAUGAACUCACAACCCCAAUUCUUCGUCUCCAUAUGCAAACAUUUGCCAUUUUUGUUCUUGCUGACAUUUUGAGUUUGAUUAUUUGAUGUAGAAAUUAAAAAAUAAUGCCUAUUCAAUCCAGAAACUGUGAAUGGGAGAGUGGAGAUGUCAACUGUAUGUACAUUAUAUGUUUUGGUGUAUUCAGAAGCACUGGGAAUAUGUUGUACUUCGCUGUAUAAAUAAAUGAAUAAUAAACAAAUCAAAAUGAAUC